AUGAAGUCUUACUCGGUUGCGGCGCUGGCACUCAUCGGCCAUGCCCAGGCAGGGCUUCGCUUCGCAUGCUCAUCGUUGACCAUCCAGCGACUCGACCCCGUCGUCGAGCCGGGCAGGACCCCUUCCUCUCACGUACACCAUAUCGUGGGCGGAAAUGCUUUCAAUGCUACCAUGGAGGGCGAUGUUGGCGAGAGGGCCACUUGUACCACCUGCGAGAUGUCCGAAGACUUCUCCAACUACUGGACGGCCGUGUUAUACUUCAAGCAUCCCACGAAUGGCUCUUAUCACCGGGUGCCCGUCGUCAAUAACGCUGCUCUCGCCCCCGGCACCACUGGCGGGAUGACCAUCUACUACACACAAUUUGACUUCUUCGACGACAACACCCAAAAGCAACCCAUCAAAGCCUUUCCGCCAGGUUUCCGUAUGACCGUCGGAAGCCCGACCACGACCGACCCCGACGUAGCCAAGUCCCAAGUCGGGAUCCGCUACAACUGCCUACAGACCCUUCUGAACAGAGGUCCAGAGCUGGUUGACUUUCCCGACAAGCCUUGCCCGGCCGGCAUCUUUGCCGUUCACCACUUCCCCGCCUGCUGGGACGGUAAGAACACAGACAGUCCCGACCACCAAUCGCACAUGUUUAAUACAAUGAACCGCGGCGGCUUUACUAAUGCUCCACCCUGCCCGGCGUCGCACCCGGUGCGUAUGCCGCAGGUGACGUACGAGACGGUGUGGGACACAACCAAGUUCAACAGCAUGUGGCCCGCCGGCACCCCCAACCCCUUCGUCUGGAGCUUCGAAGGAACAAGAGGAUUCGGGUCCCAUGCGGACUACAUGUUCGGCUGGAAAGGUGAUUCUCUGCAGCGUGCAAUGGAUACGGAAGACUGUUUUUAUGAUGGUUGUGGUUCUAUCAAGAAGCAGGCGAUGUCGGUGGCGAACAAGUGCACGGUUAAGGAUUUUGUGAAGGAGGAAACGGAUGGAUGGCUCGACUAUCUCCCGGGGAUGGCGCCGGAGUAG